CACUAAACAACAGAUAACACCAAGUGAGGGUUGGCUUCAAGCUAUAUAAGCAUGGUAUGGUACCAGGUUACCUCACAUUUUACCUCGAGUCUGUACUUUCAGUAACCACCAGCAUAAUGAAGGUCUGUCUAGUCCUCGCUGUGCUGCUACCGGCAGCUGUGAACUCCCUGAUGUUCCAGCCCCUGGACUGUGCUGAUAUCUACAAUGACGGCCAAGGGAGGAGUGGGGUCUACAGGAUCUUUCCAGAGGGUCCCAACUCUGGACGCUACGUCUACUGUGAUAUGGAAACAGAAGGAGGAAAAUGGACAGUGUUCCAGAGGAGAAUGGACGGAACAGUAAACUUCUACAGGGGAUGGGAGCAGUACAAGAAUGGCUUUGGACAUGCUGCAGGAGAGUAUUGGCUGGGCCUUGAGACUAUCCACCUGCUGACUUUGAAGAAGAACUAUGAGCUGAGAGUGGACAUGGAGGACUUCAAUGGGGUUAAAGUUUUUGCCAAAUACUCCUCCUUCGCUAUCUCCCCUGACGCCAUUAAUGCUGAAGUAGAUGGAUACAGGCUACAUGUCAGUGGCUUCACAAAUGGUGGAGUAGGUGACUCUUUGGCCUACCACAAUGGGCUCAAGUUCUCCACCUUUGAUAGGGACCAAGAUGCUUCAAGUGGGAACUGUGCGUCUGCGCGUAUGGGCGGAUUCUGGUAUGGGUCCUGCCAGCAUACCAAUCCAAAUGGCGUCUACAUGUGGGGAGCAAUCAGUGACUUCAGCGUCCACUGGUACCACUGGAAAAACAACGUCUACUCUCUGAAGUCAAUCUCUAUGAAAAUGAGACCACUGUCCUUGAGGAGUGUACAGCUGAACAAUCUGCUCAUCGGAAACGACUAAAGAGAGCUGCUAAUCACUGUAAACCAGAAGAGGUCAUGUGAC